AUGGGGUUACUCGCUCUGAGGUCGGGAAUGCGCCGGCGACCCGGUAUUCCUCCACCUACACAUACCGAUGAUAUUACCAGCGCCUGGUCUUCGGCGGACUCGGCAAAAGAUUCGCUGGACCAACAGGGAACACUUUACUCAUCCACGGUGUCUGAGGCUAGCACCGCAGAAGACGUUGAAUUUGGAGCUGACCUCCAACGCAUCCGCUGCAAAUACCCUUCCGAACCCGAUGGCGACAUCAGCAAGUAUCUCCAGUGCCUACCACUUCCCUUUGCAUGUGAAGACGACAGUGUAUUCCCUGAUGGCUCGACCAUACGUUGCUCCCGCUCCGAAGCAGUUCUCACUACCUCUAGACCACAGGCCGUUUCGAUUGAAGCGCAGGAGAGGCAUCCUAAUACUUCGCCGAAGAUGGCGUUUCCCGGAGAUAGUGAAACAAUGAGUACUGCGAAUGAGUUGGAGCCAGCUUCGACGAGCCAGGCACCCCGUUCUGUCUCCACAAGAGUACCAACCAGGAAUCUCAUUGAUUCUGACGAACACAGACCGAGUGGCAGCGAAAUAGAACUCAAGGAUCACUGUCUCGGUGCACUGGUGCCUUCCUCAACCGACCCCAAUGAAUUACAUUCGCAGUCGCACCCUUUCACUCGCAUGGCUACAGAUGUAUGCACACUCUCAAGUUCAGCCCCCAGCAACUCACGCAAGUCCAAGGCGCUUCGUAUGUCGAUGAACGAGAUCAAUAGUCACAAGCCGGUCAUGACUCGCAUGGGCAAGGCCAAUCGUGUAUCUGAAACACCUCAAAUCAUAGACACCGAGUUCACCAUGGAAGCCUUGAAAUUGUGUGACCGCUUGGACCUGAGAGAUGGUUAUGCUUCAGAGGUGGGCCAACAGGAGCCACAGGGCGAAUCGCCGGUACAGGGCUCUAACCAAUCCAAGGAAGCAUCAGCCAGUGCGAGUGAGCCCCGGGAGAAUGAAAGCAACACUGAAAGGUUGUCAAUGCCCGAGAAUCGGGUGUCGCAAACCUAUGUGGCUGUUGGCCGCUCAGCGGAUUCUGACGGGCUGGUACGAGUAGGUCCUGAGACCGCUACUGCUGCUACUGCCCCCAUUGCCGGUCAGGAUGAACAAGCAGGAAUGGACCCAGUGUCAGAAGAGCCGUGGUCCACUAUUGAAACCGACGAUCUAGCGUCACUUCUCGCACUCAGAGAUGAAUACUUCCUUGUCGACAAGUCACCCGAUAUCCGCCCCGACCGCGGCAACAAUGCGAUCAAAUCCGAGCGCAGCUUCACCGGCGACGGAUGUUUAUAUAGCGGGCCUGGACUCGAUCGCCAUUCGUCGACUAGGACCCAAGGGAUUCCCGAGAUCGUGGGCCCGAGAUCAGCGGUUCAGUUUCAUGCUCCGCGGUCAUUCCGCACAGAGCGAAAUGCCAGUGACUCCACUGACGAAUAUAUGUCCGGCUCUCCUGCGAUCCCGAGAUAUUACUUGUCAUCAUGA